AAACAAUUAGUGGAAAAACAUGUCUGACAAAACUGCAGAGAAAGAUAAGAAUGAAACAAGUGAUCUUGGUUCGUUGGAAGAAGAUGAUGAAUUUGAAGAGUUUCCAGCAGAAGAGUGGAGUGCAGCGGAUAAGGAACCCGAGAUCUUCUGGGAGGAAAACUGGGAUGACGAUAACAUUGAAGAUGACUUUUCAAAACAACUUCGAUCAGUUCUUGAACAAACUGGGCAAAUGAAAUAACCCCUCUUGUAUUCGUGUUCAUUUCAUGAAUUUCAUCUUUUAUAUUGUGAUAAUGUAUGGAGCUUUAACGGUUAAGAUUGUUGGGCAUACUGAAAUGCAUUAAAAAAUCCUAAACUAUAACACAAAAUUGAUUUGUCAUUUUUUUGUCAAAAUAAGUGUAACUUUUGUUUUAACAUGUACAUUUAAAAUAUUAAUCUACCAAUAAAUUUAAACACUGCAAUCAUUUGUAUACAAUAAGUUUUACUACAAAACUACUUCUGUUUCCACCGAAGGUGCUCAAAAUGGAUUUUUCUAAGUUUUCUGAUGAUAAUUUUGAUGUGAAAGAGUGGGUAAAUGGUGUUUUUCGUUCUCAAAAAGAUGAACAGCAAAAGGAAGCUUACACAGCAACCCUUGUCACCAAACUACAACGUUAUAUACAAGAAGUAAAUCGAUCAUUGGAAGAAAUAUCUCAACAAGCAGUUGGUAAUCUACCAAGGGUACUUCGUGACGUGGAAACAUUAAAGAAAGAAGCAACCUUUCUAUGGCAACAAAUGCAACAGGUCAAAGAAGAAAUUCGAAGUGUGGAACAACGGACUUCACAUUCUAUGGAGGUUUUGGUUAAAAUUGACAGCGUUCGAUCACGAGUUGAGCAAGCUUCUGCUGCUUUGAAAGAAGCAGAUAACUGGUCAAGUCUUGCUUCAGCUAUUGAAGAUAUAUUCCGCUCGGGAGACAUUGAAGCGGUUGCAGCUCAACUACAAAGCAUGCAAGCCAGCUUAGUUGUUUUAAGGAACAGUCCAGAUUAUGAUGAUAAGGUUUUACACUUGGAAGCAUUAAAAAACCGACUUGAAACUGCAGUAAGUCCCAGUGUGGUUGCUACUUUCAUGAAUCACAACACUGCUGAAGCUAAUAAAUAUCACACAAUAUUUCGAAACUUAGACAGAUUGGCAGAAUUUCGAAAUUAUUACCUGAAAUGUCAUCGUGCACGUGUGAAUGGAAAGUGGCAGGAGAUCGUGUCUGGUGAAAAUGGUGACUCGAAACCAGUGACAGAAACUACAGACUUUGCACUCCUCGGUGAAUUCUAUGAACUUCUACUGUCUGUGUGGCACACAGAGGUUAAAUGGUGCUCUGCUGUGUUCGGGAAAAUGGAGUCUAUUUUAAUUAUUGGUCAACUUCUCUUGGAAGUCACACUGUCCGUUGAAUAUGGUCCAAACACAAUGAUAAGCAACUCAGUUGCUGGAACAUCGGUUGAAAAGUUGGAUAUGUUACAACGAAUGUAUACAACCACCAACACUUUCACUCAAGAUCUUAAACAAGCAUUAUAUCGUGAUGGAGGUGUUAGUGCUUUUGAUGACAGUAUGCUAAGCAAGUUAUCUGAUGCAUUCUGGCAUCCAUACAUCACCCAUUUUAUGAGAUAUGGAGAGAUGGAAACAGAAGCCUUGCUUACUGGGCUUGCAGAUGUUAGAAUGGAUUCGCGAGAUUUAAUUGAUCUCACCCAACUUUUGGACUCCUCAGUAAAGAAAUUAUUUGAUGGAGCUCAAGCUUCUGUUAAUAGAUGUGAUAAGUUAACAGGUUUUCUUGGUGUAGCUGGUUUAAUUGAUGCCAUAGAGAAAUACAUCCCAGAAUAUUGUGACCGCUUUGCUCGUCAGUUGCGAACAAUAGCCACAUCUUGUGGAAUUAAUAAAUCCAUGAAAUCUGACAGUGACGUCACAGAGGAUGAGGAUUGGACCGUGUUCCAAAACUGUUCCCGUUUGAUUUCCACUUGUGGAAAGUUACUUCUACGUUUUAGUUCCUUCCAUCAAACCUUCUUUUCAUCUCUUCUCCUUGUUGAAAUUACUGAUAAGUCAGCUCCAUGGAACCGCUACAAUUACCUCAAAUGUGGGGACCCUGAGAUUUUCUCCGCUUUUCGUGGAUUGGUUGCGUCAGCUAAUGACGACUCCACUAUACAAUUCUUUCCUAAUGCUAAACGUCGAAUUCAAGACCUUAACCAACAAGCGCAAAACCUUGCGUUUAAUGUUGCAUUUGCGCAUGUCAAGCGACAGCUUUCUUCUUUACCGUUUAUUCAAGAGGACCAUGAAGAUGUAAAUGACGCUAUCAUAUCUCAGAGCGAAAUGCCAAUGUUCAGUGUCUCACCGAGUGAAAGAGCAACGCACAUCGGUCAGUACCUUAUGACUUUGCCACAACAUUUGGAACCCUUUGCCUUAUUAGACACUGGUAACGACGAUCGUGCAUUAGAGGUUGCGUUGCGUAAUGGUAAACUUCCAUUUCCUGCUGUAGCUGUUGAAGGUGGGGCAGAAGAAGAGGAUCUUGAAAAUAUGGCAGAUAUGUGGCUUGGUUCAAUCGUCAGGGCAACAGAGCAUACUUAUGUUGAAGCUGUCAGUCAAAUCCCAACUCUCAGUCCUGGCUCCGCACGCCAACUUGUUGCAGAUUUUGACUACAUGGCAAAUGUUGUUGAUUCAUUAGGUUUGUCAACAUCCAAUGAAGUACUGCAACUCCGAGAACUGCUUAAUGCUCAAAACAGUGAGGAUUUUAAAAAAGCUACCAUUAAAGCACCACAUCGCCUUAGUUCUGUUGUAUCUAGCAUGAGAAAAAUGAGUAUGUGAAGAAAAGCUUUUGAUGCCGCAGUAACAUGUAGAAAUAUAUUCUGGUGCAAUAUUUAAAUGUAUUUUGCGUUAGGGCAGCUGUGCGAAGUGCCUAGAAACCCUUACAGCUGUCCUGAUAAUGUUGUAUAAGUAUACUAGUUCAUUUGUUAUUCGCUGUUAUUAAUAUGGCAUUGUGAAUUAUAUUCGCCAGAAUAUUCA